UUUCAUCAUCAUAUUCACAUCUCGUCGUAUUCACCCGCCAUUGAAAUCCCCAAGCUCUGACCUCGUCUCCUCAGCUUCUUAGCCCUAACCCCCAAAAACAGUGUUCAAUUUCCACUCAAAUUCGUCCAGAAAACGGCUUUCGGUUCAGUUUCUCUUCAACGGCAAUCACCUCCACCUCCAUCCUUGCAGCGAUUCGUAUCUCUCUCUCAGGAUUGGGCCGUUUAAGACAAUAGGGGGCUUUGUUUGGAACAGUGGUGUUUGGGCUCUUCACGGGUUAAAGAUUGGAUAGCGCAAGUGAUAUGUAACAAACAAUACAAAAUCUCAUUUCAGGCUUUUGAAAUAUGGGAUCAGUCUGUUGCGUUGCUGCUAGAGACAAGACUAUUGGCGUUGGAUCUAGUAGUGAAACGCAGCCUAGGAAUGUUCGUCACUCGCCGAGUUGGAGCUUUAGAUGGGAUCAUCCUGGGCGUGUUGUUGGUGAGGAAGUUUCCCUAAAUUCGAUUUCAGAUGGAGUAAGUAGGAACGAGCGGCCUGAGUUCAAGUAUGAAUCCUCAUAUGCAUCAGAAGAGGGUAGUCCAUUGGAUAGACAGACAUGGAAAAACUCCUCAGUAUCUGAAGGAAGCACGACGAAUGUGAGGACACCUACAUCAGGUCGUUCAAUUUCAAGAAAUAUUUUCACGGAUGUUAGUUUGGAACAGGUGAAGAAAGCUACAGAAUGUCCGACAACAUCUACAUCUCCUGCAAAAGUAUCCCUUUCAAUCCCUUCAAUUUCAUCUUUUUCAACAUCCCCUCUAUCAACCCACAGCCAUCUGCCUUCUGCCGGUUUGACAUCAUCAAGAUUGUCUCACUGUUCUCCCGGAGACCGAUUAUUACGUCAAGUAUCUGGUAACCGCAUCCCAGCAUACAAGUCACCGGGUAGCUACAUAGUUUCAGAGGAUAAGCGUACAAUCCCUGGGAGCAAUGAUUCAUUGCGGGGCUCACAUGGUGGAUCCUCCGAUGGUUGGUCUAUGAAUGCUUUCUCUGAGCUCAUGGCAACUUCACAUAGGGGAAGAUGGUCCUUUGGUAGUGAAUCCUUCGACUUUGCUCGUGAGAAGAUGGUUAGAUCCUGCAGCUUAUUCUCGACUUCGCCUUCAACUGAUGCACAAACAUGCGGAAUUUGCUCAAUGUUGUUGGUUGAGAGAUCCUUAUGGACCAGCCAAAAGAUAAUUGCUAACAAUGAGCUGUCUGUCGUUGCCGUCCUAACUUGUGGACAUGUUUAUCAUGCCGAGUGUUUGGAGAAUAUGACACCUGAAGUUAGCAAGUAUGAUCCAGCCUGCCCAAUAUGUUCAUUUGGUGAAAAGCAGACACUAAGGAUGUCUGAAAAGGCACUUAGAGGUGAAUUAGAAUUGAAAAUUAGAAACAAGAGGUUAAGGAAUCGCAUUGCCGAUAGCGGUUUUGAUGGUGAAUCUAACAUGUUUGAUCAUUUUAUAAAUGGUGGACAACAAGAGAAGUGUCCUAAGCUGUCCUCUAGCUCCAGUUUGAGAGGUUCUUCAGGGAAGGGUUUCUUGAGGCGUCACUUCUCCUUUGGCUCAAAGGGGGGAGGGACUAAAGCUCUGCCACAAAGUAACAACACAGCUAAGAGAAAGGGAUUGUUAUGGUCAAGAUCUACUAAGAUGUAACAUUUUCUGUUGCUUCAUAUGGGAGGUUCUGCAAUUCACCUCUGCUAGGCAGCUGGUAAACAGUGAAGAAUGCAAGAUAGAAUUGACAUAGGGGAUAUUACAAUAUCCUCUGGGUUUGGAUAGUUGGAUAUUUUUUUUUUUUUUUUUUAUGAAAUUCAUACAGGCUUUUAGGUUGUGGAGUCAACACUGUAUAUAGGAACGUAGGGUAAGAGAAGAAACAGUUCAGAUAACAAGAUUGAAAGAUUGAAAUCUGCAUUAUGACGCCUUAGAUUGGAGAUUUUCAUUCUUAUCUUGCACAAAUCAAUAUGAUUUCACUUGGAUAAUUGUAUGCAUUGAUCAAACUUGUGUUCUGAAUUCUGAUAGACUGCCUGACCGUGGGUGGCUGUCGUUUUUGCGCUGCAACUAGCAAGGAAAUAUCAGGUACGAUCAGUGGACUCCAAUCCUUUCCCAUUUACAGGCUUUGUUUGAUUCUUAUUGUUGUGUAAAAAUUGGUAUAUACAAUAUUGACCGACCAAGAGUUCAGGUCAUUUUCUUGUACGUUUAUGUGGGUACUCCAUUUUGUUCA